AUGAAGCUCUGGCUCCCAACGCUCGCGGCUCUCGCCUCAACGGUGGCUGCUGAGUCCUGCCAUUGCCUACCGACCGAGAGCUGCUGGCCCGCGGCGUCGGCAUGGGCAUCGCUCAACAGCACCGUGGGUGGUCGCCUGGUUGCAACCGUCCCUAUCGGCUCUCCCUGUCAUGCGCCCAACUAUGAUGCGGUGGCCUGCGCGACCCUGCGGGCCAACUGGACCGAGCCUCAGGUACACCUGGCCUCGUCUUCGUCGGUGAUGCAGACCUACUUUGCCAACCAGAGCUGUGAUCCCUUCGCAGCCAAGAGCCGGCCCUGCACCCUGGGCAACUAUGUCAAUUAUGCAGUGAAUGUUUCUUCCAGCAAGGACGUCGUCGCGGCUGUCAACUUUGCCCGCGAGAACAACAUCCGUUUCGUCAUCAAGAACACCGGCCAUGACUAUCUGGGCCGCUCGACCGGAGCUGGGGCCUUGUCAGUCUGGACACACUACCUUAAUGACAUCGAGUACAAGGAGUGGUCUGACGCUGCCUACCAUGGUCCUGCCUUCAAGGUCGGUGCUGGUGUCAUGGGUUAUCAGAUCCUCGAGGCUGCCCGGGCCAAGGGACGAGUCAUCGUGACCGGUGAAUGUCCCACCGUUGGUCUCGCCGGUGGCUACACCCAGGGAGGUGGCCACAGCGCCCUUAGCACCGAGUUCGGUUUGGGCGCCGACCAGACGCUCGAAUUCGAGGUGAUCACCGCAACUGGAAAGCGCGUGAUUGCUUCUCGCGCGCACAACGCGGACCUCUUCUGGGCUCUCAGUGGUGGUGGUGGCGGCAACUACGGCGUCGUCGUGAGCAUGACCGUCAAGGCACACGAGGAUGCCACUAUCGGCGGUGCUGGCGUACAGUUCACAGCUGCCAACAUCACCACCGACACCUUCUACAAGGCCGUCGCCGAGUUCCACCACGCCCUUCCCAAGAUGAUCGACCAGGGCGCCACCGUCAUCUACCAGAUGACUGCCCAGGUCUUCAUCAUCAGCCCUCUGACAGCCUACAACCAGACCUCCGACGAGGCCGAGGCCAUCCUAGCCCCCUUCCUGCGCACCCUCACCAAGCUGGGCGUGCAAUACAAGACCUCCUUCACCCAAUUCGACUCCUACUACGACCACUACAACAAGUACAUGGGCCCGCUGCCCUGGGGUAACCUUGCCGUCUCCUCCUACCAGUACGGCGGCCGGCUGAUCCCGCGCGACACCCUCGAGAACAACUCCGCCGGCAUGGCCAAUGUGCUGCGCAACCUGACCCAAAACGGCGUGAUCGCCGUCGGCGUCGGCAUGGACGUGUCGAGCCCCGGCAAUGUCUCCAGCGCCGUCUUCCCGGCCCUCCGCAACGCCGCCGUCACGAUGCAGAUCGGCACCGCCUGGAACGAGACUGCGCCGUGGUCGCAGAUGGUGGCGGAUCAGUUCAAGAUGACGAAUGAGUAUGUGCCGCAGCUGGAAGCGAUUACCCCUGGCAGCGGCUGCUACCAGAAUGAGGCCAACUUCCGCCAGCCGAACUGGAAGGAGACGUUUUUCGGCAGCAAUUACGCGCCGCUGCUGAAGGUUAAACAGAAGUGGGAUCCCCAGGGCUUCUUCUAUGCAUUCGAGGGUGUUGGAAGUGAUGCUUGGACUGUUUCUGAGUCGGGACGGAUGUGCCGUGCUUAG